CACUCUUUUGACAGCAGACGUUUUCGAGGUUCAAUUCAAUGUUUACAUUAUUCAUUCUUGGGCACUUGGGUAAAAUUCAAUCAUGGAGCGAUUCCGUCAACUUUUCAAACACUCUGCGUGUAAUAUUAUUGGUAUGAUUCAUCUUCGAGCACUGCCAGGUACUCCAAAAUCUACUUUAAACAUCGAAGCUAUCAGUGAAAUCGCCUGUAAAGAAGCCGAGCUUUAUUUACGACACAACUUGGAUGGAGUCAUAAUAGAAAACAUGCAUGACAUUCCAUACAUCAAAGGCCCUGUUGGCCCUGAAAUUAUUGCUGCCAUGACUAGAAUUUGCUCAGAUGUCAAACACAUCCUGCCAAAUAUUCCAUGUGGCCUUCAGGUAUUAGCUGCUGGAAACAAGGAAGCAGUAGCUAUUGGCCAUGCCUCUGGUUUUGAUUUUAUUCGCUGUGAAGGAUUUGUUUUUGGUCAUGUUGCUGAUGAAGGCUACAUAGAUUCCUGUGCAGGACAACUACUAAGGUUCAGAAAACAGAUUGGUGCUGAUAAAAUCCAAAUUUACUGUGAUAUUAAGAAGAAACACAGUUCGCAUGCUAUUACUAACGACGUUUCAUUAGCGGAAACUGCUAAAGCUGCCGAAUUUUUCAUGGCUGAUGGAGUUAUCGUGACUGGUCAAGCAACUGGUGAUCCAGCCCUCCCUUCCGAUUUUAAGGAAGUAGCCAACAGCGUCGAAAUACCCAUCAUGGCAGGAUCCGGGGUAACAUCUUCCAACUUGUCUACUUAUGCAGGAGCUCACGCCCUAAUUAUUGGCUCUGAUUUUAAACGCCAUGGAAGAUGGGACCAUGAUAUAGACGUCAACCGGGUACAGCAAUUAAUGGAAACUGUUGACAGGAUUCGGGACAAGCAAUUUAAAUUUAAUUAACCGAAAUAGAUAAGUAAAACUAA